AUGACAAAAGAAAAAUGGGAUCACUUUAGCAAGGAGGUAGAACAAUUAAUAAGUAAUACAGCGACCACAAAGCUAGGCAAAAAACAUGGGGAAGACACAUAUCAGCUAAACAAAACAUGGAACAAACUCUCCGCAGCAAUAAUAGAAAGAGCAAAAAAAGAUAUUCCUAAUAUAACAAAGAAAAUAAACUAUUCAAUCACCAAAAAAUAUAACUACCAGGCAACCAAAAUACACAAAAUUCUUACGAAUAUUAGAUCUGUAUUAAGACAUAUAGAGACAAAUAUACUACAGAUUGACAAAGAGUGGUGCAAUCAAAAAAUUAUCCAAAUCAACAAAUCAGUUAAAGAAACUAUACUAGUAAUAGUGAAUUCAGAAUUACUCACUAACAUAUUUCAAAUACUCCUAAAAGAAAAAAGUGAAAUCACUAAA